GGAUGGAUGGAUGGAUGGAUGGAUGUUCAGCAUUUUAUCCUAAGUAAUAAUUUUGGAUAAAAACAUAAUUAAUAAACUCCUGAUUUUCUUCUUGACCUUUGACCUGCAGAUAUCAUGGUGCUGAUAGCUUCCAUUUCAGUCCUGGCUGCUGGAACUCAAGGAAACGUCUUCGCUACAUCAGCCAUCAGGUCUCUUCGGUUUCUGCAGAUUCUUCGUAUGAUCCGAAUGGACCGACGAGGAGGGACCUGGAAGCUGCUGGGAUCUGUGGUCUAUGCCCACAGCAAGAUUACUCUAACAACUAUUGGAUAUGGAGACAAGUUUCCUGUCACCUGGAAUGGCCGUCUGCUGGCUGCAACCUUCACUCUGAUUGGAGUUUCCUUCUUUGCUCUGCCAGCUGCGGCCUGGAGGGUUUACGCCACCAACCUGAGCCGAACAGACCUGACUUCAACCUGGGAUUACUACGAAAGGACUGUCUCUGUCCCCAUGUACAGGUUGAUUCCUCCUCUCAAUCAGCUGGACUUACUCAGGAACCUGAAGAACAAAUCAGGACUUUCUUUCAGGAAGGACGUCCAGCCAGAACCAUCACCGAGUCAGAAGGUCAGUCUGAAGGAGCGGGUCUUCUCAUCUCCACGCAGCUCAGGAACCAAAGGAAAAGGUUCUCCUCAGCACGCGGCUCCUCCAGGUGGAGUUACUCCUGGAAUGGGUGUUAGUCCUGGACUUCCUGGAAUCCCAGGAGGAGUCCAGGCCUUGAGAAGAUCUCCCAGCAUGGAACCAAAUCCAGAGGAGAGUCCAAACAAGGUUCCAAAGAGCUGGAGCUUCGGAGAACGCAGCAGAACCAGGCAGGCUUUCAGGAUCCGAGGAGCAGCGUCUCGUCAGAACUCUGAAGUGCUGAUAGAGAUGCAGGAUGAAGAGUUCAGGCAGAAGAACUACCCAGAGGCCAGCCUGCCAGGUGAAGAUAUGGUUGAUGACAACAAGAGCUGUCACUGUGAGUUCGUCCCUCAGGACCUGACACCAGGAUUAAAGGUCACCAUAAGAGCCAUCUGUAUCAUGCGAUUCAUGGUUUCAAAGAGGAAAUUUAAGGAGAGUCUUCGUCCCUAUGAUGUCAUGGAUGUGAUCGAACAGUAUUCAGCUGGUCACCUGGACAUGCUUGCCCGCAUUAAAAAUCUUCAGGCCAGGGUGGAUCAGAUUGUUGGGAGAGGAACACCAAUCGCAGACAAGGACCGUCCUAAAACAGCUGGGGAGGAGCUACCUGAGGAUCCAAGCAUGAUGGGACGUCUAGGAAAGGUGGAAAAACAGGUCCUGUCCAUGGAGAGGAAGUUAGACUUUCUGGUAAAUAUCUACAUUCAAAGAAUGGGAAUCCCUCAAGCUGAGACCGAUGCCUACUUUGGAUCCAAGGAACCAGACCCAGCCCCUCCAUAUCACAGUCCUGUGGAUCAACUAGAGAAGAGCCAUUCCAUCUCUAAAAUCCUGCAGGUGUUGCCUGGUGAGCACAUGGAGAGGACCCGCUAUGUGACAAAGAUGGUCCGUUCCAGCAGCUCAACUGGACAUCAGAACUACACAGCUCCCACCUGCCCACCCUCCACAUCCUGGCAACCAAUCAGCUCCCAGCUUCAUCAGCAGGCUCGGCCACCUCAACACGGCAACACACCCAGCCCGGUGGGGGACACGCCGCUGGUCCGACUGCCCCCUCCUCCUGCUGGAGAGAGACACAAUGGGAACCGAUCGAACCGACACAGCACUGGAGAGCGAGGGGGUUCUGAGAGGCAGGAGACAGGUGGGCCUGGAGCAGGGGGCGAGGUGAAGCCUGACAGCGACACUUCCAUCUCCAUCCCAUCGGUGGACCACGAGGAGCUGGAGCGCUCCUUUAGUGGCUUCUCCAUCUCACAGUCCAGAGAGAACCUGGACUUCCUGAACACUGGAUUCUACUCCUCUGCUGGUGUCGGGGAGCAGCAGGGAGGGGGCGGCUCUGCCGGCCCACCCUACAUCGCAGAGGGAGAGUCCGACUCUGAGUCUGAGCUGUGUGCGCAAUCGCCUCACUCCGAGCGGGCCUGGACCGGAACCAAGUAAAAACAAGGUCAUCCAGAUGUGGUAAAUGGACUGAACUUAUAGAGCGCUUUAUCAAGUCCUUCUGGACCCCAAAGCUCUUCACCCUCACACUCACCCAUUCACACACUGAUGGUGGUAAGCUACACUGUAGCCACUGCAACUCUUUAUAUAGAGGGAUGGAUAAAUCGCAGAUUCAGCGACUUCAAAUGAUCCAGAAUGCAGCAGCACGGCUUCUCACAGGAACCAGGAAGCAUGACCAUAUAAGGCCAAUUCUGGCAUCUUUACACUGGCUACCCGUYUUUUAUCGAAUAGAUUUUAAGAUUCUUUUGUUAACUUUUAAAGUUUUAAAUGGGUUAGCCCCCCCUUAUCUUCGGGACCUUUUACAUUUCCAGUCUGUG